AUGUCAGACUCCGGCCUGGCCUCAAAGUUGGCCGGCUUGAAACCCUUCUCCAAGUCAAAACGUAAAGUUGACGAUGAAGACACGGGCGACGAAGUCGACUCUUCGACAGUUGCCGGUGGCGGACAUGCUUCGCGACAAAGUCAAAUCACCCGAACUCAAUUGAACGUGAGCCAUGCCAUAAGGUCCUUUUUGGUGCAUCAAAACGUGCUCUCGAAAGACGAGGCCGGGGUGGAUGAGCCGGAGAGUAUGCCUAGACCCCUGUACAACCUUCUCGAAAAGCCUCACAUCGACGUCCCUGCAUAUGUCGUCGACCGAUCUUACCCUCUGCCCGAGUACUUCAUCAGUUCAAGCCACAACACCUACUUACAAGCACACCAACUGUACGGCGAAAGCUCUGCCAAGGCAUACGAGACGGCUUUGAACACCGGGUCUCGUUGUGUAGAGAUAGACGCCUGGGACAAUGACGAAUCCCCGGACGAGCCAAAAGUCACGCACGGCUAUACUUUGGUCUCAAACAUCCCGUUUCGCGCGGUGUGCGAGACUAUACGCGACUUCGUCGACAAAGAGACAGCGCAGGGCGGAAGCGUGUCCGACUAUCGACCUGGACCGACCUUCAUCAGUCUCGAAAACCACUGCGGCCCUGAGGGUCAGCAACGACUGGUAUCGAUAAUGAAAGAGGUUUGGGGCGACCGCCUUUUGAGUAAGCAUGUCAGGGAAAAAGGUCAUCAGGAGCAGCAAGGGCACGGCGAACAUGUGAGCCUCGAGGAACUUGGAGCCAAAAUUGUGGUAAUCGUUGAAUACCACUACCCCGACGAGCCAGAGGAUAGCGAAGAUGACUCCAGCUCCAGCAGCUCUGAUGAAGCGGAAGAAGAUAGGCGAGCUCGACAGAUCUACGAAGAAAAUAAGAAGUCUGCACCAUCGACUGCCAUAAUCCCCGAACUCGCUGAACUGGGGGUAUAUGCUCAAUCAGUAAAGCCCCAAAACACCUCAUGGUUCAGCGAAGUCGGGCUCCAAGAACCACACCAUCACCUCAUCAACGUCUCCGAGUCUGGGCUAAAGGCUCACAUGCCUGCUGAAAACGAGCACAUUGCCCGUCACAACGCUCAUCAUCUGAUGCGAGUGUACCCAAAAGGCACGCGAAUCUCAUCGAAUAACCUUAACCCGGUUCCGUUCUGGGGACUUGGUGCCCAAAUAUGUGCUCUCAACUGGCAAACGUUUGCCGCCCCGCUGCAGAUCAACGAGGCUUUGUUCAGUGGGACGGAUGGGUUUGUCCUGAAACCUGCCGCUCUUCGCAGUGGCGGUAGCGGCAAAUUGAGCACUGGAAAGAAGAAGAGACUACGACUGCACGUGGGAGGUGCAACAGAUGUGCCAAUCCCGGCAGAUCGCGAAGCGCAUGAUAUUAAACCAUACCUGACUUGUACGCUUGUUCAUCCGGACGAUCACGACAACGAGCCAGCCAAGCGCAAAACCCGACCCUACAGGCAACAUAGACUCGGGUUCCUUCAUACUGGAGACAAUCCUUCACCCAAAGACCCUGUCUGGGACGAGACCCUAGAGUGGGAAUACGAGGAUAAUGAGCUGGUCUUUAUCCGCAUGCUGAUCAAAUCAGAUGAUAGUUUCGCAAGAAAUCCCAAGUUCGCGGUGGCUGCGGUGCGGUUGCUGUAUGUGACUCCAGGGUGGAGUUUUAUCCGACUCCUGGAUUUCAAAGGGAGAGAGACGGCGUGCUCGUUACUGGUCAAGUUUGAUAUUGACGAUGCAUAG